ACCAUCCCCUCCUCCUCCCGCCGACAUCCGGGUUUCCCGCCCGCUAACGCCAGAGGCGGGUUUUUGCCCUGAAAGCCAGCGUUUGUCGCGUUUUUGGUGUUUUGUUGCUUUGUUUUUUUUUUAACGCCGCGCGCGCGCACUCGCUUCCCCCCCCCGCCCCCUGCGGCGCGCGCGCGCGGUGGCGGCGGCGCGCGGGGGAGGGGAGCGGCGGCGGCCGGCGCGCCUGCGCAAAGAAGAAGAGGAGGAGGAGGAGGAGGAGGAGGAGGAAGGCGAAGGCGGCGCAGUGCGUGUGUGUGCGCGCGCGGUGCCGAGGCGGGGGGGCGGACGGCGCUCCGCGGCGCUGCGCGGGUGGGCGCGGAGGAGCUCGGAGGGAGGGGGCCGGGGAGGGGGGCCCGGCGGCGGCCGGGCGGCGGCGGGCGCGGAGCGGAGGCGAGAUGAGCGCUGGGCUCCCCCCGGGCAGUGAGCCGCCCUCCGCAGCCGCCGCCUGUGAAUGAACUGAGGCGAGGCCGCCAGCCGGGUGCCCCCCAUUCCUCCUCCUCCUCCUUUCCCCUCUCCCCCGGCCGGCCCGCCCGCCGCGGCCGUCCCCGCCUGCCCCCGGCCUCCUCGCCCCCACGCACCUUCGGGAGCACGGCCCUGCCAGCCGCCAUCAGCCGGCGUCCUCCGCCGCGGCCGGGGGGGGAACUGAAGGAAGGUCAUCAUGGGAGCAUUUUUAGACAAGCCAAAGAUGGAGAAGCAUAAUGCCCAGGGGCAAGGGAAUGGGCUUCGUUACGGUCUGAGUAGUAUGCAAGGCUGGCGAGUUGAAAUGGAGGAUGCACAUACGGCCGUGAUUGGUUUGCCAAAUGGACUUGAUGGAUGGUCAUUUUUUGCUGUAUAUGAUGGGCACGCUGGAUCACAGGUUGCCAAGUACUGCUGUGAGCAUUUAUUAGAUCACAUCACAAGCAACCAGGAUUUUAAAGGGCCAGAUGGGCCACCAUCUGUGGAAAGUGUAAAGAACGGCAUCAGAACAGGUUUUCUGCAAAUUGAUGAACACAUGAGAGUCAUCUCUGAGAAGAAACAUGGUGCAGACAGAAGUGGGUCAACAGCUGUGGGUGUCAUGAUUUCUCCCCAACAUACAUACUUCAUCAACUGUGGAGACUCAAGAGGUUUACUUUGUAGAAACAGGAAGGUUCACUUCUUCACACAGGAUCACAAACCAAGUAAUCCACUGGAGAAAGAACGUAUACAGAAUGCAGGUGGCUCUGUAAUGAUUCAGCGUGUGAAUGGCUCCCUUGCUGUUUCAAGGGCACUUGGGGACUUUGAUUACAAAUGUGUCCAUGGGAAAGGUCCUACAGAACAGCUGGUCUCACCUGAGCCUGAAGUUUAUGAAAUUGAGAGAUCAGAAGAAGAUGAUCAAUUCAUCAUACUGGCUUGCGACGGUAUCUGGGAUGUUAUGGGAAAUGAAGAGCUGUGUGACUUUGUAAGAUCCAGGCUUGAAGUCACUGAUGACCUUGAGAAAGUUUGCAAUGAGAUAGUUGACACCUGCUUGUACAAGGGAAGUCGAGACAACAUGAGCGUGAUAUUGAUCUGUUUUCCGAAUGCACCAAAGGUAUCGCCAGAGGCGGUGAAAAGAGAGGCAGAGUUGGACAAGUACCUGGAAAGCAGAGUAGAAGAGAUCAUAAAGAAGCAGGGUGAAGGAGUCCCAGACUUAGUCCACGUGAUGCGUACGUUAGCAACUGAGAGCAUCCCAAACCUCCCGCCAGGGGGUGAAUUGGCAAGCAAACGGAGUGUGAUUGAAGCCGUUUAUAACAGACUGAACCCCUACAGGAAUGAUGAUACUGAUUCUGCCUCAACUGAUGAUAUGUGGUAAAACUGCUCAUCUAGCUGUGGAGUUCACGUUUCAUCCUUCAAAUGAAAGUGCAGCCCAACCUCAGCGACCCUUCUUAACAUCCAUCCUCAACCUUAAUUAAAGAAGGGAAUAUGAUGUGUUGGUGAGAGUGACUACAGCAGUACGACAUCUAGCCCAGGAACUGAUCUUUUUUUGUAAAACAGACUUCUGUAAACGUGAUUUCAAACCAUAAUUCAUGUUGUAAAUCAGACUCCAGCAAUUUAUGUUGUAUGAUUUUGUUUUUGUAAAGUGCAAUUGUCUUUGUACAAAAUGCUCAUAUUUAAUUAUGAACUGCUUUAAAUCACUAUAAAGGUUAGAAGAAAUGUUUGGCUUGUGUGUUGCAACAAUAUAUAUCCCUUGAAAUUCAUGUUGUGGUUUUGGAUUGCAAGGAGCAGCAGCCUAGCCAGCUAGGUGCUCAAGAGGUGCACAAAACUGUAAAGACAACUUCUUGUUUUAUGAGGGCUGAACUCGUGGGCAACUUACCAGAAAUUACAGUGUGUGAAUUUGCUUGGCAAUGGAAAAAUAACUUGUAGUGCACAUUCUUCAACAAACGUAUAUCAUUUUCUUGGACGCACUCGUGCUCUCACAUUGAGUUAAAGGGAGUUCUGAUUUUGACUUCAGUGGGAGUUAAAUCAUGCCCUAUUAAUAGUAUCAUGUUCAUACGCAUACGAAUCUUGGGAUUAGAAUGCCUUGAUUCUUUGCACCUCUUUUUUCAUUAACCCUUACCUUAAACUACUAAUCACUGAGCACGAACGGGCAGCUUUCUACAUAUAGUAGGAGUCUGCAGCAUUUUUACAAUCCUGAUUGGCUGGGUCUGCUGCUGUUCCAAGUAAAAUACUUUGAAUUCCAUUUUAUCAAUAAAGCUUGAUUUAACAAACAAGAAAUUUAUCCAUAAAUGUGUAAUUCCUUUUUUCCUGCCUUUUAAAAUUAAGUCAGUGCCAUUGUAAAUGAUAUUUUACUUGUGGAAGAAUAUUUUUAUUAAUUGGUAGCCCAUUUUUAAAAUGGGAAGGAUUUUGAUUAUUGCCCAAGACAUAGCCAUAUGCUAGAGGAUGAUGUGAGAUUAAUCCGUUACCCUAUUUUUUACAAGUGUGGGUUUUUUCAGGCUUUUUGGUGGUUUAUUUUUUCUCCCCACUGAAGAUGUGCAUUGGUUUGAAUUUGCCUACUGUUUGAUAAAAAUACAUUUGUCAAAGCCUGACAAUCUUUAACAUUUUAUGGUGUGUGUUUUUAAUUGACCCACUUACUUAGAACGAGAGACUAGUGGUUAAACAGUACUUGUGAUUUGAGAUAUAGCAUGUUGACAAUAUUUAACUGUUCGUUGUUUAAAAUUCUAAUUUAAAAUUUUAUAAGAUAAUAAACUAAUUUGAUUUAAGCUUAGCUUUCUCCCAUUGAGCAUACGGAAAUUAAGUUUUCAAGUCAGUCGUGUUUGCAAAACUGCUGUUUUGUGCACCUUGUAUCGUCUUUUUGGUUGAGAAUAUUGUAUUUAAUAUGUAGUUUACUCAUUUAGUAGGCAGACUCCCCAAAACGAAAAUCAGUAAAACAAGUAGAUUGUAACAUUUACUGCAGUUAAACAGAAUCAAAACUUGGUGUAUAAUUACUUUUGAUAGGAAAAUGUAGUACAAUGCAUUUUGCUAUAUUUGUCUUUCCCUGACUUUGAAAUAUACAUAUUUGUAUAUAUAGCCUUAAAACUAAUGCAGAGUUAGGGAUCACUGAACAGUGAAAAAGUAACUUAUAGUGUCUUGGAAUUUAGUAUAUACCAGCAAACUUUUUUCUUUUAUCCCUCUUGUCUAUGUGGGGUGCUUAAACGUAACUUCAUUGUAUUCAAUUUGUAAUCUGUUCAAGCAUGAAUGAAGAAAACAUAAGCACUAUUUGUAUUUAUAAAUUUAUAGCAAUUUUUGCUUAAAGAACCAGUUCCUUACCUACCUAUGAAUAAAUGCUUAAAAUGUCUAAUUUUGUUGUAGAGUGCAAAACUAUAAUAAUGUUAAGUUAUAGCUUCACAGGCACUUAACAAGCAUAUUUAAUAAUACAUGGCGUAUUAGUGCAAAAAGCUAAACCUAAUUUAGGAUGAGGCAGAUACAGUUCUGCCCUUUUUCAUAGAGACUAAAGUUUAGUUUUGGAAACUGCAAAACCUUGAACUGGACUGUGGAACCUUUUGAGUUUUAAACUUUAAAAAUCGGAAGCAAAACUGUGGUGUGAAAAGCCAUACUUCAAACUAUAAUCACUUAACCUGUCUCAGUGACAAUUGAUAUUUGAAGCCUCUUCUCAGGAGGACUCCUAAAGGUUAGAAAGAAAAUAAUUCUGCUAUUGCUACAGGCGAUGUAACUAGGUUUGAGGGUAGCGGAAGAAAGCCCGUUUCAGGCCUUUCUCUCUCCCGCCUAUGUUCAGCGUUUUGGUGAGGUCAGAGCACUGAAUCUAUUACGUAUGCAUAAACACUGCCAUUUUAGAUACAGAUUUUGAUUACAAAAUAUACUAAUUAAGUAUACAAAGCAUCCUAGAAAAGAGGCAAGCUGUAUUUUUCACUGCUCUGAAAAGAAAAAGGCACUUUUGCACCUUUGUGCAUCUCCUUGUUGCACCAGAAACUUUUUUUUAAAUGCUAAAAACAUUAGCACCUCAGGGGCAAGGCAGCAAUUUUUAAGUAUUGUGUGCUAUUUAUUUCCCUCUUGGAAAAAGAUUCCUGUGUGACAAAAAUGAAAAAUGUGUGAUGUUAAAAGAUGUAUUUUUAAAUACAUGUUCAGAUAGGAUGGUCCCAAUUUGCUUGUUUUUAAAAGGAAAUGACAUUUGUAAAGCUAGUUUGCUUUGCAUGCCGUGCAACUUUGUUUUCCUUCUUCAUUUGACAGCUUCACUGGCUUCAGUUUCUGUGAGUUUUGUUACAGCCAGAUUAAAUGUUUCACUGAUCGUUCUGGGAGAAUACCUGUACUGCUUUAUAGACAGCUGUUUCAAAUAAUUCUCACUAAUUCAGCAUUGAAAUAUGUUCAAGACAGAGGCUUCUAAAAUGUGUUUUAAAACCAGUGUUGGAUUAACUAAAUGCAAUUACAUUAAGUAGGGUCCUAGAUUUGCAAGGCUUUGUAAGUCUGUUGUAUCAGAGGAGUCCCUGGUACACAUGGUGGGCAGAAAUCAGCAGGCCCUGUGCAGGUUGUGAAGCCAGAGCCUUUUAGCUGGCUUGCUCUGGCCUAGCCAGGAAGCAGCACCACAAAGACCGUGAUACGUGGCCAUCAAUCAUUUCAAUCUUCCAGCAGAAGUCAGAAUCGGAGAGAAAAAUUUAAUCUGCUUGUCAUUAAACUAUGCUGAAUUGCGGUAAUCCUAGGCUAUGUCAUACUCAUGAGAUGCCUGAUGAGUAUUAAGCAGCAGAUGAGUAAUGGUAGCACUUACCUUGAUCAUUUGUGCAGGUGCUAAAGCUAAUCAUUUUAACAUGUACUCAGGGUAAACUGAUCAGCAGCCAGUAAAUUGUUUAUUGCAAAGCUGGUACUGGCUCAACUGUAUAGGUUAAAAACUAAGCCGUUUUGCUCAGUUCAAGAAUUGGAAACUUAAAAAGGUGAUUUAAGAAAACUAGGGAACAGUUUGCACUUCAAUGGAUUCCCUGAUAAGAAUUUCAUCUUAAUUUGUGACUCUGCGAUAGGACAGACUUCCUGCUGCAUUUCACUUCAGUAACUGAUGAACUAAGGAUAUGGAUCCAUGAUCAACUUCUGUCAAGACUGAACUAUUGCUAUAAGUUUGCCCCUACUGCCCUUUCUAUGCCAGCAGUCAUGCUUACGCGGCUGUGCAGUUUGGGAUAAAAAAAUCUGUAGUUUUCAGCUGGGUGAGUUGAUAAUCCAGCUGUGGGAUGCUGGUACUAGGGCAAGAUGCAGAGUGGGGAAACAGAACUGAGAGCAAAGAAAUGGUUGCACCACCCCUUCUGCUGCAGUUUGGGAAACCACACCCUAAACACAGAUAAAUGAUUGACCUGUGCAGGGAGUAUCGAAGCCUUUGCAGAUCUUUUUCUCCGUUCUAUACUUAAGACAAACAUUUUGCUUUGGUAAAUGUUCUUUUUCUUAAAACUGGGAUCAUGAGACUGGUUUUAAUGUCAUCUUGUGUAUGAGUUCCCUGCUGACAAACUUAUUUUCUGUUCACUUUCUCUAGAUGUAUGUAGCUCUGUCCUAUGGGACAGACAGCACGGCUGCCACAAUUAGGUUAAUGAUAGGGUUGGUCCAGUUUAACCAUAUUUCACUGUACAUCAGGAUUACAUCAUGCUGAGGUGUUACCUUCCUCUUUACCUGCACCUUCUUGAGUUGCUUUUAUGCACAAAUAACCUGGUAUAUUUAAAUUUCAUUAUAUUUAAACUUGCCAUGUCUGUAACGGACUAACCGUUAGUAAAAUGUUACCCUUUUCCUCAUCAUUUGGCAAAUACGGUAUCUUAAUGCAAACCUGAUGUACCUUGCACAGGUUCAGAAACAGCAAAACCGUGUAGAGCUAUAGAGCGGUACCUGACGGUUUUCUGUAGCAAUGGAAUUGUUACUCUGUGCCAAGCUUCAUGAGAUGUGAAAAUAACGUCUCCUAGAUCACUAGUAUAGCCCCUUGUUCCUACAGCUGCAUGUGUUUGAGAUGACCGCGACCUGAGCCCUCGUAUACCAAUACAGGGUGUAAAGUCUUUGCAAGUGGUAAAAAGGCUCCACACGUGGAUUUCUAAGAUGCUGUAGUGCAUAAAAUGAAUGUGAUUCCUGCUAUAAGCUGUAAAAAUGGAGCAAAAUUUAAAAGUAGCAAUCUGGGGCUAAGUACUUUUGACUGACCUGUGGAGUACUGAUCAGAGAACCCGAUCUUUUGGUGAGCUCUUUCUGAGCUGUCUCUGUGGAGCGAUUGCAUGGCGCACGGGUCUCUGCAGACCCAGGCGUGCACCUUCUGAACCUCUCUGUAGUCUUAUUUUGCUUAAUAAUGUUGCUUUGUAAACAAGGUAGCAGUCACCUGCGCCGUGGCAUUGAUUCACAGAAGUUCAAGAAGCUGUAGUAAAACUUAAAGCUUUUCUUUAUUCUCAUGGACCACUAAAUGCUUUCCAGUAAAAAAAAAAAAUAAUACACAGCAUGCUAAAAGCUGAGUUUACAUUGUCUUCCAUUGAAAACUUGUUUCUAGAAAAAUCUACAAAUAUUUCUGCUAUUUACUUAAUAUGUGAAAAAAAUGUCUGGAGCUUUAAUCUGAUUGUGUCAGAGUUGUUGGCCUGUAGUGACAUAGGCUCUAUACAUACUCCUUGCUUUAUUUAUAUUUUUAUUUGAUGUUCCUUUUAAGUAGCAGUAAACCAGAUCUUUUUUCUUUCCCCCUCAUGUAGACACUCUUAUGAAGUCUUUGCUUCCAAGCUAAGAGAACGGGAGUGAUAACGGUGUCUUAGGAAAGGGUUUGGGGGGAGGCUUGCUUUAAGUGCAACAACAGAACCCCUAACCUUUGAAACCACAAAAUUUGGGGAAGUGGGCUUAACUUCAAAAAUGCCUUUUGUAGAAUUAAUAGUUCUAUACUGAAAGUGUCAAAACUUCAGUAGUGUUGGGAUGACAGGUCAGAUUUCUAAAGUAUUGUUGUAUGCCGAGCCAGAUUUUUAGUUAACUUGUACUGAUUCCUGUCCAAAUGCUUUUUAAAAUAUCACUAGACAGCUAUUCCUCCCCCCCCACCCCCCCCCCCAAAAAAAAAAAGAAAAGCAAUGGUCCUUACUACUGUGUAACCAGCCAUUUAUUUGCAAGGGUGAGUGCUGUGUCAGAUAGUAACAUUCUCCUUUAAGAGCACUACAUCUGCACUUCUCCGCUCGCUCAAUAAGAGAGCCAAAACUGAAAUUCAUUUUUGCUUCCAUUAACUCUGUGGCUCUGAAGAGCUGGCGGGAGCGUGGCGGGGGUUUCGCAGCUAAAGUAGACAGGACUCUUCAUAGAUACUGAGAGUAAGCCUCCAGAGUUGAAGGAGGUGCCAUUGUUGUUUCUUUUGAGGAAUAUCUUUGAGAAGAAAAAUGAGAAAGCAGACUGGCAGGUCUCAGUUAUGUACUUCUACUUCUAUCAAUGACUAUAGACUAAGGUCCGCAGUGUACUUUCUCUUGCAUUAUUGAAUUCCAGUCGGAGCAAUGGAAAUACUGAGUAGCUGAUUUCAUUUUCACUGUUGGGAUUUCAGGCUGAAGCGCAGAAUUUUUGUUCAAAUUACAGGGAAAAAUUAAAUUAAGAUAGUCUUGGGAAAAUGAGGCACGUCCUUAACUUUACUUCCUGCUGACAUUGAUGGAGCUUCACUCACUAUGUAAAAUUUGCACAUGUGUUGUUGGAGCCUGAAAUGUCCCACUUGGAAUGAGAAAGAAUUGUAAUCUUUAUUCAGUUUUGGUUUUGAAAAAGCUUUUCAAAGCCAAAGGGAAGAAGGUGGUAAUGUUAAAGAUUGAUUGGAGAUAAUUUCAUAAUUCUUUAAACAUGUAAGUCAGCAUUUUUUUCUUUUAAAACAUCAGAAGGGUGCAGUUUAAGAGGUUUGGUCUUUGAUGUAGUGCUUUUACCUGUAAAGAAUAAAUGAAAGGAUGAAACCCAAAAUGGGAUGGAAAAACAGUGAGACCCUAAAAAUCUAGCAAUAAAUGUGCUGAAUUUACAUAACAUUAUUUCCAUGUGUAGUGAUAGACAUACUGAAAGGAUCUUUGUCAGUGUUUUUAGGGGGACUUUUUAUUCUUGCCAAGUGUUUAAUGCUAGGCUGGCAAGUCUGCAGCAACUUGAAAUUUCCAGAUUCUGACAUUGGAAGCCAGGCAUGACACAACAGAGGCCCCAGUACGUGAGACGCUGCAGUACCCGUUGCCACGCGUUCUGCGGGUUAAUGCAGCGCAACCGUGCAAUGCUGGAAGUUGGGAUUUCCUAGGCUACAUUUUAUUGCUGAUGGUGUGAUUCACAGUGACCUUGAGUACCAAGAGUUAAGUUGUAUUUAUUAACCAGAUCUAACUCUUUGGUGCCAGGAAUCUAGUUCUUGGAGUCAGUGCUGAAUUACGCAAAUGUUCUUGGCAAAUCGUGCCGGGUAGUUCACUGUUUGGGAAACUGAAUUGCUAGCAGUGAAGGGUUAAUACGAGACAAAAGCCUAGAUUCUCCUAGCCAGGGAGUGCUCGAUAUUUGAAGAGUGUGAGGUUUGAUUUCCGCAACUGGCUGCUUUAAGUCUAUUAAAGCAGAGGUUUUGGUUUCUAGCAUCUGUCUUGUUACUAAGACCAUGUACAAACAUGCUGAAUUAGAGAGUUUUCACCUGUCUUGUCGCAGAAUUGAGUCGACAUCGUAUCAUACAACUCAUUUGUAGUGACAUGCUGUGCCUGUCUUUUUAGAAAAUUCAUGACCUCUUUAUAUCUAUUUUGUGGAAAGUGUAACUUUUUUCAUUGAUGACCUGUAUAAAUGUGCGUUACGGAUGGAGAGAAUUAAGCUUGAAAAGCAUGUUCGCAGAUUACACGGCUUCAUUAUGGAAUUUAUAAAUUUAACAGAGUAAUAUACAAGAGCAUAACUAUUUUCCUGAAGUAGAAUGUAUAACAAUAUAUAAUAAAUUAUUCUCCACGUAGUUCACCCACUCUUUACAGUUUUACACAAUUCAAGCUGUGUGUUUACAGAAAGUUCAAUAAAUGUAUAUUUUGUACUAUGUACAGAUUCCUGGUCCCAAAGAAAAUGUGUGAACUUGGUUUCUAACUUAACUUUUUGAGAUUGUAUUUUUUUUUCGGUUUGGAAUCAGUUGAACAAACUGCGUUAUGCCUGUCGAUGGUGGAGGCUGGCAUUGGAGCAAAUGGGAAUUGGAAAUAUUUCUAAUCUACAAAAAUGAUUCCACUAAAUAAAACAGGCAAUUACAUCA